CCCCACGAGUUAUUAAGUGCACUCCAAUUUCUCACCAAAAAACCCAUUCUCAAAACACCUUAGAGUCCCUAUCAUUUUUCAGUCCCAACUAUGUUUCUUAUUCCUUGAAACUCUAUGUUUCUUCUUCCUGGAAACCCUACAUACCCAAUUUGGUGAGCAAGUGCCUCCAGCGACAUACUCCAUCUAGUGAUCUUAAUCACCACCAUAGCUAAAGGUCCAUCACCAUCGCUACUGAAGAUCUUGCAAUUGCAUCGCUAUUGAAGUUCUUCUUUUAUUACAAGCUGGGCAAAGUCCAUAUCCUAUCCCCACAAAUCAACCUAGAUGCCUUGGCCUUGUUAUCUUCUCCCACACAAACAAUAUCAAACUUCCAACAACCAUAGUUGAUGUAGGUGACUCCUGUUGCUCCAUCAAAACCCUGUUGUUGUUGGUGUUGGAGAUGGUGUGAGGUGUUGCCAUGGCAGCCAUAAUGUUAAUCACCUCAAAAUCGCCUUCUUCUUCAUGAACCCUAAAGUUCUCAGCUUUAGCCCCAACUCAUUUUCUCCUUCUUCAGCCCCAAAUCCAAGGUUAUUGCUCGAUCUGCUCAAUCAAAGUUAAAACAAAGUUGUGUGUUUCUUUUGGGAUAAAGGUCAUUCAUUGUUCAACUCUAUGUAGGUUCAUCAAGUCACCCCUUGAUCAUGUUCUGUUUUUCUUCUAAAUCUGGUUUCAAUGUCUGUAAUUGAGUUUUGGGGUGCACUUUGUGUUUUUAGUCUAAAAUAGAAAAAAUGUAUACUAUUGAAUGUUAUAUUUUUAAUUGGGGUGUAUUUAGUUAUUUUUGGGUGCAUAUAAUGUUGCUCAUUUUCAAUUGUGUGUUUAUUAGUAAUUGCCCCUAAUUAAUGCUACAAAACUGCAAGAGUAAAGAUACUAUGAGACAUUUUCGGUGAACAGAAUUUGUCGUUAGAGGGUAUUAUUGGCAAUUCAAUAAAAUUAUAUGAGGUGGGAUUCAUGCGGGACCUACUCCGGACUGCUUGUGGUACAAGAAUAUUAUGUUUCCCUCGUCUCCUUGCUUAUAAACUUUUGCUGUGGCAAUCAUAGCAUUGAGAAAUGGAUGGUAAUACUUCUGAUCCAGAGGGCAACACUCUUGACUGGGACACUGAAGACGAGCUGGAAAUUGAUGACAUUCCUUUAUCUUCAUCAUCUGGCCGGACACUUCCUAAUGGAGAAGCUAGAGGAAACAAUAGAGAGGCUAGCUCAAAUGCUGCUUCUCCCAGACUGAACUUGAUAGAUCAUUUUGUUCAGAUGGGCUUCCCUGCAGAAAUGGUUGACAGGGCAAUCCAGGAAAAUGGAGAAGAAAACUUGGAUUUGAUACUUGAAGCUCUUCUCAGAUAUUCGGAAACUGCACCAGCAGGUCCUUCCAACUCCAGGUGUCUUGAUCAUUUUGUUGGGAUGGGUUUUACUGAGAAGAUGGUGGCCAAAGCAAUCGAGGAAAAUGGAGAGGGGAAUACAGAUUCAAUAUUGGAAACUCUCCUCACAUAUUCGGCUCUUGAAAAAUCUCCCGAAGUACAGAAACAUGUUGGGUCUGCUUACUGUUCUUCAGAACAUGAACAAGGCUUCCUCGACGAUUUCUCAGUGAUAGAUAUUUCUUCUGAGGAUGAGGAAAAUAUAAAAAUUAUAAAUCCUGUGAAUUUUGAGGAGAACAAACUUUUAUUAUUAGUGAAGAUGGGGUACAAAGCAGAGGACGCCUCAAUAGCAAUAGAGAGAUGUGGUUCAGACUCCACCAUGGUAGAGUUGACAGAUUUUAUAUCUGCGGCUCAAAUGGCAAGGGAUGAGGAUGCUCUGCUACCCUCAGAAGAUACGCAGCGAAUACCGAAACGGGGACAGAUUCUUGAUCAUGAUAUCUUAAGAAAGAAAAAGAAGGUGAGGCUUGAGAAGAAGUUUUUGGAUGAAGAUGAUGAGACACUUCAUCUUCCUAAACCGAUGAUCGGGUUUGGAAUACCUAAUGGACCAGCUCCUCUGACAUAUAGAAAGCUUCCUAAGGCUGCCAUCGGGCCUCCAUAUUUUUAUUAUGAGAACGUGGCUUUGACACCGAAGGGGGUUUGGAGCACUAUUUCAAGUUUUUUAUAUGAAGUGGAGCCAGAGUUUGUUGAUUCAAAAUAUUUUUGUGCUGCUGCUAGAAAAAGGGGCUAUAUUCACAACCUUCCAAUUCAAAACAGAUUUCCUCUUCUUCCUGUUCCUCCACUUACCAUACACGGAGCAUUGCCCCUAACAAAGAAAUGGUGGCCUUCAUGGGACAAGAGGACAAAGCUGAACUGCUUACAAACUUGCAUUGGGAGUGCAAAACUGACGGAGAGAAUCCGUAAAGCUCUUGAAGAGCAUGAUGGAGUUCCACCAUUAAGUGUGCAGAAAUAUGUUCUAGAUGAAUGUAGGAAAUGGAAUCUGGUGUGGGUUGGAAGAAACAAGGUUGCACCACUUGAGGCAGAUGAAGUGGAGAUGCUUUUAGGUUUCCCCAAAAACCACACUAGGGGAGGUGGAAUAAAUAGGACGGACAGACAUAAAUCGCUUGGCAACUCAUUCCAGGUUGACACAGUUGCAUUUCACCUCUCAGUUCUGAAGAAUAUGUUCCCGGAAGGCAUCAAUGUUCUCUCUCUUUUUUCUGGGAUUGGUGGUGCAGAAGUCGCCCUUCACCGGCUUAGAAUCCCUUUGAAAACUGUCGUGUCUGUGGAGAUCUCAGAGGUUAACAGGAAUAUCCAAAGGAGUUGGUGGGAGCAAACGGAACAGAAAGGUAGAUUAAUUGAUAUUGCAGAUGUUCAGCAACUAGAUGCUGAUCAGUUGGAGGAACUAAUGAGCACAUUUGGUGCAUUUGAUAUUAUUAUUGGUGGGAGUCCAUGUAAUAAUCUUGCAGGAAGCAACCGCUAUAGCAGAGAUGGACUUGAGGGUAAAGAAUCAUCGUUGUUCUAUGACUAUUUUCGGAUUCUUGACUUGGUCAAGUGUAUAAUAAAAAACAAACAAUGAUAUAUUUGACCCUAGGAUGUGGAUGUAGCAAGGAGGAAUUUUUAACUAGAUACUUGAAAGGAAUAUUAUCUCGUGGACGACUAUGAUUGCUGAGUGUGCCCGACAUGGAAAAUGUAGACAAGGGUUAUAUUUGUUCAAGUGAGAUGCAGGGGGAGCUGGUAUGUGAUUCGACCAUGUUGAACAGACAAUGCUUCUUGGCAGCCAAGCCGGUACUGGUGUUUUUAAACAAUGCACCUGAGUGAAUAUGCUAGUUGUGGUGACAGAAAAAGCUUAUUAUAUGGUAUUUAGAGAAAUGGAUGGAACAAAGUACUGUUUUCUGGACAAGCACUGUAACAGGAUUUGCACCUAUGCGUGAGAAGCUCCUGUUCUCUUUGCUAGCAGCCAUUGCUGGAUUUUCCGACGAGGGUUGGGGCAUCAGACCUAAGAUUGGACAGUAUUGUUGCAUGAUUGAUUUAUUGAACCAUGCUGGUUUCUAGGUAGAACUAUUGCAAGAAAUCUGUUUGAUAUAGCAUUAGCUUCAUCAUUGUUUCUGGGUUGCUUAACUCAUUUAAAGUACAAAACUCAAAGUAAUGCUGCUUGAGAAAGUAAAAGAAAAUUAUUUUAUCCAUUUUGUUUUUGCGAUGAAUUGUAAGAAUCUUGUUGAAAGCUGUCAUUGAGAUGGAUGUUCAUAAUUAAGAACUUCCCGUAUA